UAGUGUUUAAAUCCUCUCCCUCUCUGGCGGGAAUCAAAUAAUUUCUUUCUUAAACUCGCAUAUUAUCGCCAUGAUUCUCAAUUUCUCUAUCUUCUUCACCCUCUUCCUCUCUAUCUUCACCUCCUCAGCCAACGCCGAGGCGACCCUCUCCGUUUCCCCCACAACUCUUAAACGAUCUGGCGAUAACGUCACCAUCCAAUGGUCCGACGUCGACUCUCCUUCCGAUCUCGACUGGCUAGGCAUCUACUCGCCUCCCGACUCUCCUCACGACCACUUCAUCGGCUACAAAUUCCUCAACGCUUCGUCGACUUCCAAAUCCGGCUACGGAUCGAUCACCCUCCCACUCACCAAUCUCCGAUCGGAUUACACUUUCCGGAUCUUCCGGUGGACGCAGUCCGAGAUCGACACCAAACACUUGGAUCACGAUCAGAAUCCUUUGCCUGGAACGAAGCAUCUUUUGGCUGAGUCGGAAAAGGUGACUUUCGGAUCCGCCGUGGAUAAGGCGGAGCAGAUCCAUCUGGCGUAUGAGAAUAAGCCUAACAGGAUGCAGGUUACCUUUGUGGCCGGGGAUGGUGACGAACGGUUUGUGAGAUACGGAGAGACUAAGGAUUUGUUGGGAAACUCCGCGGCGGCGCGUGGGAUUAGGUAUGAUAGAGAGCAGAUGUGCAAUGCUCCGGCUAAUUCCAGCAUCGGCUGGAGAGAUCCUGGUUGGAUUUUUCAUACAGUUUUGAAGAAUUUGAAUCCGGCCGUUAGGAACUACUAUCAGAUUGGGAGUGAAGCAAAGGGAUGGAGCGAUAUCUAUAGCUUCAUAUCUCGAGACAUGUACGCACAAGAAACCAGAGCGUUCAUAUUUGGAGAUAUGGGUUGCGCUACACCUUACAAAACCUUCAUCCGCACGCAACAAGAGAGUAAAUCAACCGUGAAGUGGAUCCUACGUGACAUCGAAGCUCUUGGUGACAAGCCAUCUUUUAUUUCACACAUUGGAGAUAUAAGCUAUGCUCGUGGCUACUCGUGGGUGUGGGAUGAGUUCUUUGCUCAGAUCGAGCCUAUUGCCUCCAAAGUUCCUUACCAUGUUUGCAUUGGUAACCACGAGUAUGAUUUUCCCGCUCAGCCUUGGAAGCCUGAUUGGGCAGCUUCUACUUACGGAAACGAUGGUGGUGGUGAGUGUGGUGUGCCGUAUAGUUUGAAGUUCAACAUGCCUGGGAACUCAACAGAACUCACGGGAACCAAUGCUCCUGUGACAAGGAAUCUAUACUACUCUUAUGAUGCAGGGUCGGUCCAUUUCCUUUCCAUAUCUACCGAGACGAACUUUCUUGAAGGAGGGACUCAGUACGAGUACAUAAAGCGAGAUCUCGAGUCUGUGGACAGGAACAAGACUCCGUUCGUUGUUGUCCAAGGGCACAGACCGAUGUACACCACGAGCAACGAGGUUAGAGACACAACGAUUAGACAAAAGAUGUUGGAGCAUUUAGAACCGCUCUUCGUGAAGAACGAAGUCACACUUGCUAUAUGGGGACAUGUUCAUAGAUACGAAAGGUUUUGUCCGAUAAGCAACAACACUUGUGGGAAACUGUGGAAAGGAAGCCCGGUUCAUCUUGUGGUCGGUAUGGGUGGUCAAGAUUGGCAAUCGGUUUGGGCGGUUAGACCGAACCAUCCGGAUCUUCCUAUAUUCCCUCAGCCUGAAGAGUCGAUGUACCGCACGGGUGAGUUUGGGUACACUCGUCUAGUUGCAAACAAAGACAAGCUCACUGUUUCGUUUGUGGGUAACCACGAUGGAGAAGUUCACGAUACGGUUGAGAUGUUAGCGACUGGUGAAGUAAUCAGCGGGAGCAAAGACGAUGCUCAAAGCUCAGAUACUGCGGCCGCUCCUGCGCCUGUGGAAGUAACCAGUGGGAGUAAAGACGAUACUGAGAGCUCAAACGUUCAGAACGUUCCUACAUCUGCAACACUUGUGGGGAAAUCUGAAUCUGAUGGCUCGUGGUUUGUCAAGGCAGCAGGCUUGAUGGUUAUGGGUAUGGUUUUAGGUUUCGUUGCUGGGUAUUUUACGGGGGUGAAGAAAGGAUCUUCAGCUCGUAACCGUUGGAUCCCAGUCAAGAGCGAGGAGAUAUGAUAUUAAACAAGUGAAUUUAUUUAGUGUGUAUAGUGUCUUCUUCCCCACGGCAAGAAAGCAUAAGUUUUAGUACAUUAUAAUAAUACUGAUUCUUGCAAGUUUGAAGAAUUGUCAGAGAAUCACUCUACGAUGUUACAGCCCGAAAGGCCUUUUUGGUGUAAAUAUAGAGUUCAUCAUUUUAUUUGAUUUUGGAUAUAGAACAAAUAACAUAUUCUCUUAUACUAUAAUUUUCUAUUAGCAUUUGAUAAACUUUUGUAGUUUUAUUUCAUUUUGUACUAUAUUUUAAAUCAUUGAAUUGUCUUGCUACAAAACUUCUUUAUAGAUAAUUGAAUUGAUGAAUAAUGUCCAAACGAGGUUUAUGUUCGAUUUUAGUUUAGUUUUUUUUCUUACGGUUAAAGAAUAUUUGUAACCAAAGUGAAACCAAGUAAUAUAGCAUAUGGAUCAAUCUGUUAAGGUUUUUAUUCUUAACUUGGUGGAGACAAGUUUACAUCAGUGAUUGGAUUUGAAUCGAUUAAACAUAACUAGAAUCAAUAACUGAAAACUGCUUAUAGAAGAAAUCAAAUCAAAUGAGUAACAAUAUUGACAAUUUUUAUAGCAAAGGAUGAACAAAGAACUAAACUUUUAACUGUACAAACGUAAAGAGAGCAAACAU